UCAGUCAGUGUGUCGGCCGCGUCGGGGACAGCCAUCGACGGUCCGUGUCGCCGCAGCCGCUGUCCGCUCCACUCAGCACCUCAAGCGCACGGCCGGCAGCGUCAGGGCGGCUGGCAUGCCCGCGUCUGGGACGGCCGACGCUUCGAGGGACCCCCCGCGCCCCUGAGGAACGCGCACCUGUCCCGCGGGCACCUGCCGACCCGGAUAGGAGGUGCCGCGUGCGAGUGCCGGCGCUCCCUCGGGGCCCACCGCUGUGUCGUGUGUGUGCUCCAUGGAGCUGGCGGCCCGCUGAACGGCGGCCGCGAGUGCGUGUCCCGGCCCAGUGGGGCCCGUGCCUUGUGGAUCGCGAGAAGCCUUCGGGGCAGCCAUGAUCAUCUCGAAGGAUCUGUUCAUCCUCGGAGACGAGUACCUGACCAUGCCCCGGCAGGACAAGUACGCCGUCUGCCAGGCCAGCAGGAGAUUGGAGAGCUCUUCGAGCGGCGGGGGCGGAGGCUGCCGACUGGCCCAGGGCCCUUCCGGCUCCGGCUGCCAGGGCGUCGGUUCCUCUGCCGCCGCCCAGGCGCUCAGCCAGGCCCGUCCCGUCGAGCUGGCCUUCCGGGGACUGAGCGUGUCGUGCGGGAGCAAGGCCAUCCUGCAGGACGUCUCCGGGCUCGUACGGCCCGGCGAGAUGCUGGCCGUCAUGGGACCCUCCGGCUCAGGCAAGACGACGUUGCUGAACGCCCUGGCGGGUCGUCUCCGCACGGAUUCCGGCUGCACGCUGCUGAACGGGGAGCCGCUGAACAAGCAGCUCCGGCGGCGCAUCUGCUACGUUCUUCAGCAGGACAUCUUCUUCCCGGACCUGACGCUCAGGCAAACGCUCAACUACACGGCACGGCUACGGCUUCCAGAGUCCAUGUCCAACCAGGAGAAGAUGGAGCAUGUGAACCAGAUCAUCGAUGUCCUCGACCUGACAAGGUGUCAGGACACCAUCAUCGGGGAUGUCAUGAAGCGAGGCCUUUCCGGAGGAGAGAAGAAGCGGGCCAACAUCGCCUGCGAGCUGCUCACCAACCCCACUGUUAUGCUCAUCGAUGAACCGACGUCUGGCCUGGACUCCAGCACAGCACACUCACUUAUGUCCACGCUGAAGGAGUAUGCCCACAAAGAGAACAAGACCUUGGUGGUGACGGUUCACCAGCCCUCCAGUCAGAUCUUCUACAUGUUCGACAGGCUGCUGCUGCUCUGCAACGGACAGACGGCCUACUUUGGCGAAGUAAGCAAAGUGGUGGACUUCUUUAGCAGCAUUGGGCUCCAAAUUCAACAACAUUUCAAUCCGGCCGACUUCAUACUCGAGCAAGUAAAAAGGGCACCCGAAAUCCAGGAAAAAAUCAUCAUGCAUGCACAAGAACUCAGGAAACACCCUGACUAUCCGAAGCAGCUCCAGGAAAGCAGCCCAGUGUACCAUAGCCAGGAGGAAGUUGGCAGUCAGUGCAACUACAACGGAGCUUCGGCAAACAGCGUCAACUGCCCCCAGUGUCACAAGCACGUCUGGAAGACCUUCCAUCAUAAGAACCCAGAGGAGGAGUCCUGUCACAAGGGCCUCCAGAACGGCACCCAACAGCAGUACCUGUGGGCCGUGUCGGAGGACGACAAGCCGGGCACGGAGAAGUCCAAGCAGGUGGAGCUCCGGGUCAUGCUGGACCCUGAGAAGAAGAUUCCCACCGUGUACAGCAAGAUUGCGAUCCGGGACGACGAGGACUCUGGGCGGUCGUCGUGGUCGGAGGCCGGCAGCUCAGUGUUCAGCAGCCAGGAUGACCUGGGCCGAGAGCACAAGUGGCCCACCUCCUUCUGGACCCAGGUGUCAGUGCUGACCCAGCGCAACUUCCUUGAGGCCAGGGGCCGCAUGCUCUCCAAGCUCAACUGGGUCCAGACUGUGGGCCUGGGAGUCGUGUGCGGCCUCAUCUGGUUCCAGGUGGAUCGCACCGAGGCCACCAUUGCCGACAUUCGGGGAUGGAUCUUCUUCAGCACAACAUAUUGGAUGCUGUUUGCAUUAUUUGGGGCACUCAUAUCCUUUCCUCCCGAGCGCGAAGUGAUCAAUAAAGAGCGGGCGUCGGGGGCCUACCGCCUGUCGGCCUACUACCUUGCCAAGAUGAUCGGGGAGCUGCCCCUGACCGUGACACUGCCGUCUGCAUUCCACCUCAUCGCCUAUCCCAUGCUGGGCUUCCACAGCGCCCAGACCUUCCUCAGCCUCUGGGGGUUCCUGGUGCUCAGCACAGUCGUCUCGCAGAGCGUGGGCCUGUUCAUUGGUGCGACCUGCACGGACCUCCAGGUGUCCGUGACGGUGUCUGCCCUCUAUUCCCUCUCCACAAUGCUCUUCGGAGGCUACUACGCAUCCUCCCUGCCUCCCUGGAUGCGCUGGCUCCAGUACCUCUCCAUGGUGCACUAUGCCUUCCAGAACAUGCACAUUGUGGAGUUUAGCAGCGGGCCAGACGUCAGGUGCCUGUCGCAGAACUCUCACUUCCGUGCCUGCCACACGGGUGGCACCAUCAUCCCUGCCCAAGACAUCAUUGGGGACCACGGGACGCCGCUUCCCAUCUGGGCAAACACGCUCGUCCUCCUCAGCUUCCUCGUUGUAUUUCGGCUUUUGGGGUACCUGGUGCUGCGCUACAUCCACAGGCCCAAGUAGGACUCAUCUCGGCUCCCUGCGUGGAGCCAAGAAAAGCAGCGUCGUCAUUCUGCUAAGGACCACAACGGGACAGGUGGGGGGCACAGCCAGGCUCGGGAGCCCCUUCCCUCCCGGCACGCGCUCGUCCGGCAGGCGGCCGAGAGACCGUAUGCGAGUUGACGUCGCGGUGCCCGGCGCCCUCGGACGGAACCGCGCCCGGUCGGUUCUCGCACUCGGAGGCAGGCGCACAAGGUCCAACGUGCCAAAGUGACAUUUCCCCGGCAUGCCCACUGCGCACGGACGGCAAGACGUGGUAUCGGACGCAGACGCGCGACCGCCGCCGCACGAGUGGCGCACGUGCGCGUGUGUGUGCCCGGGGGUGCGGCAGCGAGCGGCAACCCUCCUGCAAAGGGUGAAUGGAGACGCCCGGUGACGACAACGACGACGGCAACGGAGCCCCCCCUGGGGGAGAGAGCGGCGGGACACCUGCGCACCCUCCCCACCCCUCCCUCUUCCUCCUCCUCACCCUCGUUCCUGGUCUUUGCACGCUUUGGUAUGGAUCUCACGACGACAGCCACGGUGCCACCGGCAGUGACGUACCAAAGAAAAAAAAAAGAGAAACGCGCAUACACGCGGAAAGCGAGCCGUUUCGACCCACCCUCACCCUCCACCCCCGCAGGAACAAACCAGCGAGUACUGCCAGGAUUUGCGUAUCUGCUCGUCCACUCGCUACCGGGGAACAACUCGUUGCUUCAGCAAUGCACACCUCUCGCCACGUCGCGCGCGGAGACCGAGAGAGGUGGCAGAGCGCGAGGAGCUCCGACCCCACUCAAAUACUCCUUUAUUUUUGUAGUCCCAGAGCUUUCCCAGAACGACGUCCCCCGUCCCCUCCCGGCGCUUUCGCGCGGCCUGCCGACACCCGGGUGCCCGAGAGCCGGGCACUUUCCAACCCAGCUGCACCAGCCUUCCCCGUGGCGCGGGCAGACUCGCUCGCCGGACAAACAACGGAAAGUUCUCCCUCGAGUAUAUCGAACAUUAUUCUAAGAGCUAGUAAUAUAUACCCAUUGGAGCCUCCCGACCGCCCCCUCGCACCGCCGCAGCGGGGUCCCAGCUGCCCCGCAGUCCACUGUGAUACGCGUGCGGACUGGACCGCCCUCGGGCUGGGGAAGGCGCCCGUGGGGCCGCCGGGGCCCCCGCGCACCUCGACGCGGUCCCCCGCUUUACGGGCAUUACCAGCACUCGCCAGCAGAGCCACCCGAGCACCGCAUACUGCCUUAGGAACUUGGUACACACCGCUUUCCUCCCCCGUGCCCCCACCUUUCAUUCCUCAAACCCCUCCCCUAAGUCGUGGAAUUGCAUAACCACAAUUUAAUAAUAAAUUAUUUUGCAGCUGCA